UUGUACUUCUUUAUAACAAAUAUGAUCAUUGUUUUGGCAGUACUUUCAUACGAUAAAGCUCGUGGUAUGAUGGAAACAUUUACAAUGGAAUUUCCAGAACGGUUUGGUUUUAAUUUGAAGUUCGUCAGUCAAUUAUUUUGCGCAUUUAUUACCCCGGAAUAUUCAAUGCCUUCGAUAGUGGUAAAAGACAUAACAAAGCUAAUGAGACUGGUUAAUUCCGCUUCAAAAAUUUUCCGAUUUUCUAGUAUUGUCUUUCAAUCCGGAAUCCGAAUGGAUUUAUUAAUUUCUUACACAUUUGCUCGAAUAACGGAUGAUAUGAUCGAUGAUAAAUCAUUACACAUUGAAGAAAAAAAACCAAAAUUGAAGCUGUUCAUACAGUUUCUUGAUGAACUAUUUGCUGGCAGAAAAUCGGAUUACGAUGUUAAAAAAAAACCAUACAUACCAAAAAUUAAUUGGCCACUAUACCAAUCGCAAUUUACUGAUGUUCAAAUGUCAUGUUGCCGUGCAUUCUCUAGAAUAGCGUUCUAUUUGCCUCGUAAGCCAUUUUACGAGUUACUUGAAGGUUAUAAAUGGGAUGUUGAACGUAGGUUGAUUCGAAAUGAAAAAGAUUUAAUGGAAUAUUGUAAUUAUGUGGCUGGUAGUUCCGGUGCAAUAAGUAUUUUUACGUUCAUGUAUAGAUCUGAUAACGGGAUGAAUGAUAUUGUCGAAAAGUACGAUAAUAUCGUUGAAAAAUCACAGCAAUUAGCACGAGAUUUACAACUCGUGAAUAUUGCCCGUGACAUCAUCUACGAUAGCGUUACGGUAGGUCGAACCUAUAUACCGACUUCAUUUUUGGACGAUGAAGAGACUGAACUGAAGGUACUAUGCGACAAAAAGGACGCUAGAUCUCUAGGUGAGAAUAAGAUAAGGAAAUACUCUUCGAGGUUAAUUCAAUUGUACUACAAAUACCAACCGGAAACUUUGGAUCUAUUCAAGUGGUUACCGCAUGAUGUACGUGGCGGGGUGAUAGCUUUUUAUUAUAUUUAUCUGGGACAUAUUGCAGCUUUCCGAUCAAGUUCAACUUAUCCGACUAAAGCUUCGGUAUCAAAAUGGAAAAAAUAUGCAAUAUUACUUAAAAGUAUAUAUAUCACAACAUUUAAAAAUAUCCAAUACACUGUAUGAGUAGAUUUAAAAACAUAUAUUUUUUGUUAAACUGUAAUUUAGAUUUAGGAAAUUACAAUAGUAUUGUUAGAUUAUAAGAAUUAUUUGAAUUUUUUUUAGACACCAUAUAUUUAUUUAAAUUCAAAUAAAAUUCCAUCGCUUUUUAUU